CCGAAAUGGCACCCAAGAUUACUACCACACAUAUGCCGUCCCACAUACCGCGCUUGAAAAUGAGUCUUCAGUACAAAGUAUUUUUCAGUAAGCGUGCUUCAGCCACGCGGACAGGGCCUGUUGGCCACGACAACCUAAAAUGGGUGCCCACAACCUCUACUUUGAUCUACGGUGUCAAGGACGCGGUACUUGUUGACGCUCAGUUGACAUCGGAAGCGUCUAAUGAGCUUUUAGACUGGGUCAUUGCAAGUGGGCGCAAUAUCACACACGUAUACGUCACUCAUGCUCACGGUGAUCAUUUCUUCGGAAGUGCACCCAUCUUGCAACGAUUUCCGGACGCCGUUAUGGUAGCGACGCCUGAAGUCGUGGCCAGAAUGAAACUUGAAAUCACGCCGGACCGUUUGACUGGCGUUUGGGAAAAGCUGUUCCCUAACCAGCUUCCCGAGACCUUCAAAGUCGCGCAGCCACUUGAGCAAGACCAUUUUGAGCUGGAAGGCGAGAAGCUUGUAGUGGUCCGGACCAGUCAUACAGACACCGACGACACGACAACGCUCUGGGUUCCUUCCAUCAGACUUGCUGUGGUCGGCGAUGCUGUCUAUGCAAACACGCACCCGUACUUGGGAGAGUCGGGAGAGGCCUCGAAGAGAAACGAAUGGAUUGCGGCUCUGGACAAAAUUGCCUCACUUGGACCUGAGCACGUAGUCGGCGGGCAUAGCGAUCCAAGCCAGGGGUUUGGGCCCGAGGCAGUUCAGGAAACCAAGACAUACCUGCAGACAUUUGAAAAGCUGAGUACUGAGACAAAGACGGCCGAGGAGCUGUAUGGGCGCAUGCUGGGGAUAUACGCAGAGCACCUGAAUCCUGGGUCACUCUGGGCAGGUGCUAUACUGGUCAAACAACCAUAGCUUAGUCCUGGGCAUCGAAC